CUUACAAUGGCGCACUUUCUCUUGACUUGGACUCCACGGUAGAAGCCCAUGGAAUUCUUCACUUCAUUUCCUUGUAAUCCAUAAUCCAGUGCUAUCAAGCCUCUUGGACUCAUGUUUGCAGCCUGACGUCCUCGCUUUCAUCACCCCCUCCUGUAGGUGGCGGAAUAGCUUCUUGGAGCUACAAACCUGGACGCUGGUAACUGACUGUGUACUUGGACUAUCCUAGCUCCGGUGCCACCAGCCCUAUAUUGGUGUUCAUAUCACCGAUCUCCACUCAUCCACCAUGUUUACCUCGUUCACUGGGAGCACUCGCCGACCUCGACAGGUCAACCUUUCCGGCCGCAAGACACAUGCAUUUGGGAGUACAGGGAGUGGCUCUGGGUCACAGGCGGCUCUUGACCGCGCACAACAGGAGAGGGCUCAAAGACAGCGGGAACGGGAGGCGCUGAAGGCGGCACAAAUCAUACAAAGAGUGUGGAGAGGGCAUGCAGACCGACAGAGGAUUGCUGAUGUACUCCGACAGGAGUGGGACGGGAUUGAGGGUCAUUCGGCCCUCGGCGACACCCUCUCUACUACCACACCUUACCCUUCCGUGGAGGAAUCUCUCGCACAGCUACAGCGCCUGGUACGAUUUGCAAACACCCGCAGGGUGGACGACUUGCAAAGGAUACGUCAUUAUGGACGCCGCCAGAUUCAAACCGCUCAAACUCACGCUGUCGAUCCAACGGGACCAUGGCCUAUUGCAUACGCGAGGCUGCAAGGAAUCACAAUCAAGAUCCUGGAUCGCCAGUUGGAGCUGCUGGAUUCCCGAUGGGAGGCGUUUGUCAACUACCUCGCCAUUUUACACUUUCUCACCUGUCAGAUACCCGGCUUGACAGCUCGCAUGGCUCCGCAGUUUUACACGACGCUCGCACGCGUAGUAUCACGGGUUUCUUCUCUAGUUGAGCUGUCAUCCUCCGAGCAGGCUGCCCCAAACACCGCUCUCAAACUCGCCUUGGAUACUGUGAUGGUCCCUCUAAAAACUGUUUCCGGGUACACGUUGAAUGCUUACGAAGCCUUUGGCUACAUCUUCAUGCCACUUCCGGUGCUGAGCGCAGAGUCCACAUCGCCGGUCACUGCACGCAUACGAGAGUUCCUUGCCGAUAGUAUCAACUACAAGCUGCUGGCGAAUGCGCUGGCGAACCUAUUCAAGACGUCUGGUAUCAGCAGACUGCGAGAAUUGGCAACGGAUGAAGCGAGGUUGCGUCUGUUGGGUACCUUCAUAUAUUUCCAUCGGCAUGCUCACAACUUCGGCAGCCCUGAGGCAUAUUCGGCGCACACGGACUUCGUCACGGUGGUCUCGAUUCUUCUCAACUCCCUCCCCACCAGUAUUAUUGAUGCACCGGAUACGGAUGUCGAUCGCUUCAAUCAGCCAGGUUCGUUUCAAACAAACGAGCAGGUCACCAGCUUUUUGAAAGAGCAGAUACUUUCCCUUGUGAAUCAGGAAGGGAUUGGGACUCUCCUAUCCGGUGCAACGGGAUCAUCAGAGUCAGAUGACAGUAAGGUUGAGGAGGCUCGGCAACUGGCGAAUUAUGCAUUAGCUCUGCUCCGCUUCUUCCCUCGACGAGGUGACGAGAUCCGGAUGUGGUUGUAUAUUGGGCCUUCCCCAGCCGGAAGAAAUCUGAGGAAAAUGCCUGCAAUCAGGUAUUUUUGGGCGGCAACAGUACAGUCAUUGGUUUUCAACACGAUUUUCAGCGAUUCAAGAUCUGCAGUUGACCUUCUGCGACCAAAGAGCGAUUCCACAGUGAACGGAAUGGGGCCCUCCGCCGUCUUGUAUCAGAGCCCGCAACAGGAGCUGGACCGCGAUGCACGGACUGCAGAUGAAUGGAGGGUCAUCCUUGUUUUCCUUGAACUCUAUACGUUUGUCCUGAAGGUCACGGACGACGAAGAAUUCUUUUCAGCUGGCAAAAGCCCAUUCUCGGACGAGCCUCGCGACAAUUCCCUAUCAUUGCACGAUGUUAAGAACCUCACCACCUUUCUAAAGAAUCUGGGUUUCACAUUGUACUUUAAUGCUUCCGAGAUCACUACGUCAGAGGAACAGGAGGCCACCACGGCUACUCUAAGCUUUUAUGAUCUGGGAGCCGUCGACGCUGAGCCUCAGCAACAGACCAGUGAACCGUGUAUUGGCGGAGUUCCAGGACUCACCCUCGAUUAUAUGAAGGGUCUUGUCACCGGACUGCUCAGGAUGAUUUACGAGAGGGACUCUAGGCGCAAAUUCCUGCCUGCGGACCACUGGCUAAUGACCUCGCGCUUCGACAUGGCCAGCUUCAUCCCCGGGGUCGUGAAAGAGGAGGAAAGCCGACAUCAAGUUGCCGAAGAGGACGCAGAGGGUGGUGACGAGGAGGAGGACGAAGAAUUCGAAGAGGGGCCACAGCUCAUUGGCACUCGCCGGACCCAACAGCAGCGGAGGCUAGAACGACUACAGCGACAACAACGCAAGGCAUCACGCAGACGGUACUUACAGGCCGUAGCUCCCAGGCUGGAAAUCUUGCAGAAUAUGCCGUUCUUCAUCCCAUUCAGUACACGGGUGGAGAUAUUUAGGGAAUUUGUCCACCUGGAUAUGAUCAAACGGAGAGGCGGUAUUGAUCCCGAGACGUGGAGACUACGGAUCAUGCAAGGGUUUGAUGCUCCCCAUCAGCUGGAAAGGCAUGCUGCGACGAUUAGGCGGGGCCACGAGUUUGAGGAUGCUUUUGAGCGGUUCUAUCCACUGGGGGAUGGGCUCAAAGAACCUAUACAGAUCACCUUCGUGGACAAGUUCGAUGCUGUUGAGGCGGGCAUCGAUGGUGGAGGAGUAACUAAAGAAUUCCUGACGAGCGUAACGAACCGCGCAUUUGAGCCUUUCAACGACAUCGAACUAUUCGUCACCAACGACCAGCACCUCUUGUAUCCGAACCCUUCCGCCAUCGACGAGUACAAGGAAUUUAUAAAGCGGGCUGGUAUCAGCGAACGCUCGGACGAAUUCAGACAGCUGAUCACUCGCUUGCUCCAGCGGUACGAGUUCUUGGGCCGUAUUAUCGGCAAGUGCUUGUACGAAGGCAUCCUGGUGGAUGUUAACUUCGCACCCUUCUUUCUCCGGAAAUGGCCUCUUACGGGAGGCACUGGCUCAGCACCCAACGAAUCCGGCUAUCGGCCUACCCUGAACGAUCUCCGCGACCUCGAUGAGGAACUCUACCAGGGACUCCAUAAGUUAAAGACCUAUGCCGGGGAUGUUGAAGACUUUGCUCUGAACUUCACCGUCACGGACACCAUAGUCAUCGACAAUUCAACCCUGCCCAAGAAGACCAAAGCCAUAACGAGGGAGCUCAAGCCGGGUGGUUCAGACAUUCCCGUGACUAACCAAAACCGUCUUGUAUACAUCAGCUACAUGGCGCGGCAUCGCCUCCAAAACCAGCCAUAUGCCCAGACCGCGGCCUUCCUCCGGGGCCUCAGCACCAUGAUCCAACCCAGCUGGCUGAGCAUGUUCAACCAGUCAGAGCUCCAGACCCUCGUCAGCGGCACCCAGUCUUCCAUCGACAUCGAUGACCUUCGCCGCAACACUGCCUAUGGCGGGACGUAUGUCAUUGGGACCGAUGGGCAGGAGCACCCGACCAUCCAGCUCUUCUGGAAAGUGAUGAAGGAGUUCUCUGACGGCGAGCGCAGGGCUGUGCUCAAGUUCGUCACGUCUACUCCUCGAGCGCCGUUGCUCGGGUUUGGCACGCUGAAUCCGCGGUUUAGUAUCAGGGAUGCCGGGAGCGACCAGGAUCGGUUGCCGAGCACGAGUACGUGCGUGAAUUUGCUGAAGCUACCCAUGUAUAGGGACGAGAAGGUCUUGCGGGAGAAGCUGUUGUAUAGCGCCUUUUCUGGGGCUGGGUUUGACUUGAGUUAGUGAGUUGGGGGUUUGGUGGAUUAUGGCUAGGUCUAGGCGCAGCCGUGUGGUUCCCGUGCGCUAUAGUGUUUUCUUGACAGCCCAUUGCAUAUCCAUGUCACAGUAGGAUAAACCGUUCGCAUAUACGUAUACGAAGACAGAC